AUGGUUGGUAAAGGAAGAUCUACGAAAAAUUCUAAUAGCGAUGCUCUACGAUGUGAAAAAGAAUCAACAGAUGUUCAGUGUGUUUGUUGUGGGAUUUCGUUUGCUGUCGGCAUGACUCCGGAAUCGUUAGAACUAUUGAAGGCAUGUGAUAACGUCAAAUUUGUGUGUGAUGAGUGCUUGAAGUCACCAUCAAUAAAGGAUCAGAUCAUCAAAACAGUUGAGAGUGGAAAAGCUGAGAUAUGUGACAGGAUAAACAGCUUAAGUAAAGAGAUUAGAUCAGAAAUCGAUGCAAUCAAGGUAAAAUUGGAAGCAAAUGAAGGCAAAAUGUCUGGAUUGGAUGUCCCUGGAUCAAAGCUCUGUGAUGAAAUUUCGAACUUUAGAAAUGAAAUGACCAGAUCAUUUGCUAGCGUGGUCAGUUCUGAGGUUGUGAAAAGUGUCCAAAUCAUAAACGAUGAUGUAAAAAAAGUGCAAAAAACGUUAACCAAUGUAAUGGAAUCGAAGGAACGAGAGGCAAAUAUAGUGGUUUUUCGACUGAGUGAAGGAACGGACGACAGAAACAGGGUUUGCAAGAUAAUCAGUCAUCUGACCGGUGGUGUCUGCGGUGAAACAAACAUAAUAAAGUUGGUACGACUUGGUAAGAAAAAUGAUACGGUGGUAAGACCAAUUUUGGUAAAGUUUGAUGAUGUCAAGGUGAAGGAACUCGUUUUCAAAAAUGUUUUUAAAAUGAAGUCAGUAGGCGAUAAUCUGUCUCAUGAAAGAGUCAAACUGAUGAAUGGACGACAAGGCCCUGGAUAUGAGUUAUGCAGUUUGAUCAAAUGUGGUAGUCACGGUUUCCACAGUGGUGGUGAUGAUAACAGCAAUUCUAAUGAAAAUUUCAAUCUGGGUUUGUUAAAUGUUAGAUCAAUUGCACGUAAUGUUGACGGGAUUUAUGGACUAAUUUGUGAUGGAUUGGAUGUGUUAGUGUUGACUGAAACUUGGCAUGGCUUGCCUGGGAACAACUCUGUCAGUGCUGCUAUGCCACCGGGGUACUGUUACGUGGACUUUGUCAGGCAGCAUGAUCCUGGCCACGGUGGACUGGUCAUAUAUUUCCGCAAAGAGUUUGGUUGCAGAAAGAUAAAUUUGCCUUCAUUUGUAACGUUUGAAGUUGUCGCCAUUAGAUUAGUAAUCAAUAAAAAUCAAUUCAUUCUUCUGGGUGUAUACAGGCCUGGCUCGGCACAGAUAACCGUUUUAUUUUUUGAUGAGUUGGUGUCAGUUCUAGAGCAUAUAACGAUGUUAAAUGCAAAUAUUUUACUGAUGGGCGACUUUAAUGUGCAUAUCGAAAGGAAAGAUGAUCCAAACACCAUACGUUUAUUUGAAAUAUUUGAGGUCUUUCAACUAGUUAAUCAUGUUAACGAGUCAACGCAUUUACGAGGUGGGACAUUGGAUCUGGUUGUUAGCUCCGUUGAUUUUCCUAUUAUUAGUACUACAGUCUUACCUCAUGGAGUUUUUUCUGAUCACAGUUUUAUAACAGUUGAAACAAUAAUUGCUAAACCAUGUCGUAUCCCAACAAAAAGGUUUGUCAGAUCAUGGAAAAAUAUUGAUGAGGAUAGAUUUGUUGAAGCUGUCUUAAAUUCUCCCCUGUCUGGUUCUUGCCUCAGCAAUGAUGUUGAUGAUGAGCUAAAAAUUUUUAAUGAAGAGUUGAAGAGUAUCAUUGACAGGCUGGUACCCAAACGGGUGAUCUUUGACAGAG